AUCAUACAUUAUAUGACAUACGAUUUAGCAAGAUUUUUUGUAAAUAGCGAUCAACAAUCAUUUAUGCAGCAUAAAUAACUGUCGUGUACUUUGGCCCGUAAAACUGUCGUAAAUGAACUUUAGUCGCUGGUUAAUAAUAAUCAUUUCGUGUAUUUAGCGAGCACCAAGUAGCUACGAUAAGUUUACGUACAAGUUUACGAGUACAAAUUUUAUCUUUGAAGAUCUCGAAGCAUAUAAAAGUGUGUUAUAUAUGACUCAGUACUAUAAUCUGUGUUUAAACGGUGUUUAAUAAAGUUCGCAGUUAGUAACCAUUACACGUAUUUUAAACUGAUAGAAGAAACAAAGCAGCAUCAAUAUGUUUUUACGUUCGAUAAUGAAAAAUGUGUCAUAUAAGACGACACGAGCAUUUUCAUCAAAACCGGAAUUUGCUAAUGGAUUCAACUUUGAAUUAAACGAGACUCAAAAAGAAAUGCAGGAGUUAGCGCGUAAAUUUACAAGAGAAGAGAUUAUCCCAGCCGCUCCCAAAUAUGAUAAAACUGGAGAAUAUCCAUGGGAUAUCAUCAAGAAGGCAUGGAGCUUGGGCCUGUUAAAUAAACAUAUUCCUCAAUAUUGCGGAGGAAUGGAGAUUAGCACUUUUGAUGGCUGUUUAGUGGGAGAAGAAUUUGCAUAUGGUUGUACAGGGAUAGCAACUGCACUAGAAGGAACAGGAUUAGGUCAAGCACCUAUAAUCAAAUUUGGAACAAAAGAACAGCAUAAGAAGUAUCUUGGAAGGCUCAUAGAGGAACCACUUGUUGCAGCAUAUUGUGUGACUGAACCUGGUGCUGGAUCAGAUGUAGCAGGUAUUAAAACAAGAGCUGAAAAGAAAGGAAAUGAAUGGAUCAUUAAUGGAACGAAAAUGUGGAUAACAAAUGGAGGAGUUGCCAAUUGGUAUUUCCUACUAACAAGAUCGAAUCCCGAUCCAAAAGUUCCAGCUAGUAAAGCUUUUACAGCGUUCAUUGUAGAACGCGACAGCCAAGGUGUGACCCCCGGUCGUAAAGAAAUUAAUAUGGGUCAGAGAGCCUCGGAUACACGUAUGAUAACAUUUGAAGAUGUUCGUGUUCCAGAAGAAAAUGUUUUGGGCAAAGAAGGUGAAGGCUUCAAGAUUGCUAUGGCUACUUUCGAUAAGACGAGACCUAUGGUGGCAGCCUCGUCUGUUGGUUUAGCUCAAAGAGCGUUAGACGAAGCUAUGAAGUACGCGACUGAACGUAAAACCUUUAAUAAAGUGAUAGCAGAACACCAAGCUGUAGCGUUUAUGCUCGCAGAUAUGUCAAUCGGCAUCGAGACAGCCAGACUUGCAUGGAUGAGGUCAGCAUGGGCUGUUGAUCGUGGUUUGCCAUCAGCUACGAUGCUUGCAAGCAUCGCCAAAUGUUAUGGUGGCGAUGUCGCUAACAGAUGCGCAUCUGAUGCUGUUCAAAUAUUUGGAGGUGCUGGAUUUAAUAGUGAAUAUCCAGUAGAGAAACUGAUGCGAGAUGCGAAAAUUUAUCAAAUUUACGAAGGUACCGCACAAAUACAGAGACUAAUAAUCUCUCGUCACUUGCUCAAUGAAGCUAAACAAAAGACUGCAUAAUUUUACCAGCGAAAGGGAGAUAUGAGAUUUUAUUCCUUAAUCUAGGUCACUGAACUAUAUACAGUUAAAUAUGUCCCUAAAUUAAUUAACCUUACAAUUAACAAUACAUGAAGUUACUUGUAUUAUUACUUAAUACUGUUUUAUACAUACAUUUACGGUCGUUCAAA